GGGAAAAUCAACCUCAUCUAUAGUAGAACCACAGCUCGCUCCCUCGCUGUGAAUAUCGUGUCGGGAAUGAACCUGCUGCCUUCUUUAGAGCAAAGAGCCUUGUCUCUUGAGCGUCCGGUCUUUUCGCUGAAUAGUUCCCUUUCCACAGCAGCUACCUUUCUUUUGCUUUGGCUGAUCGGUUGCCUGCAAUAUUUGUGCCACGGUCUCCGCCAGUAAUUUGCUAGGGAAUCUUUCAGUCACGCCUGCGUGCGCUGAGGAGCUGCUGGAGCGUCGGCGGUGCAGUGCAGCGAUUUGAGACGUUCUGUUGGUGAAAGUCUUCUACUUGUCACGCUUUGCUGGAGCGUUCGUCGCCUUUUGCACGCUGCCGGCCAGAGUAAGAAAAUAAAAAACAUGGGAAGCGGGGACGGAGGACCGUCGCUACAGGCGGGUUCCCCCUGAACAGCAGAGGCGCUUCGCCAUCGGACAGCGCUGUAACCUAGAGAUUCUCACCGCUAGAGUGCCUCACCUUCUUCGUGGGCAAGCUUUAAAGGCGGAAUCCAUGUAUGGUACUGGGUCCAGACCCGGUCCCCUAUCGAUAUGAACAGCAUCUGCUUGAGAGUGCCUACGGUACCCAUGCACUGCAGUUUCAAUGCAAUUUUCCGAUGUCUCGCGGGAUCCGGGCCGAAGAUCUCCACCGAAUCUCAAUUUAUUUUCUAGCUUGACAUGACUUGUGCGAAUCCAUCGAUUUGAAACGUUUUCCUAACCCGUGAUCCUGAGUGCAAAUACCCCUCCCAGUCUCAGCGACUGCUUGCGCCAGCCAGUCUCAGGUGUAUGAAUACGGACGCAGAACUGCGCGAUUCGUCUUGCGUGGGAAUCUGUGUGGGUCAAGAACGGAAUCAACCGUCAUAUCGCACAGGCGAAGGCAAAAUUUGUGUUUCUCGCCGGUUGUGUCCGCUUCUGAGGGAAGCGAGUGUAGCAUCUUUGAACAGUCGUGCACAGGGACGGUCGGAUUUUGAGUUUCGUGGAUGCGCCGUCACCGGGACCACGGGUCAGUCGUUGUCCACUUCAUCAACCGAGAAAGAGUCGCUCUUCGUAGAGGUACAGUGAUUUCGUCUAGGCAAGAAGGAAGUAACGACGGCGAAACGGCCGGGCGCUCCCCCAAGACGCAGGGCCGCACACUCACCUCACUGACCAAGCAGGGAAACGAAGUGCUGCCUGGAUUUUUUUUCCUUGGAAUUAUAUACUGUGACUUGGACGACGGCAUCGUUUUUUCUUUGGUAUCUUCUCGUGGACGGAGUGUCCGUUCAAAACAGCAGGAACGUUUUCAGCCUCUGCUCUGUGUCGCCUGGUAGCGAUCCCUUGGCGGUGCAUGCUCUCCGUUUUCCCAGAAUCUGCCCGCAAAAUGGAGAGUGUCAACCGGCCUCGUUUUCCCCCUUUCUUUUGCCCGCCGUCCCUCGGUGUCUCUGGCGCGACGGUGCUUCUUCCGUUCGUCGGUGUGCUUCUUUUUUCGUCGCUCUUCUCGUCCGCUACGACGGUGGCCUCCAUCCCUAAUCCCGCCGGUGCCUGGUCACCGUAUUUGUCGUCGAUGUCUGUUUGGCCAGCGAACGACGAGGACGGCUCCACAUCUGUUAGCUCUGACACUGCUCUCGAUAUUUCUCCUUUUGCGGACGAUGAAAAGGACAGUCUCCCGGUGGCCGCUUCUCUCUCUCCGUCUCUCUUUCGCGCUCAGCGGUGGCAGACCCCACACAACAACCGUAGGACCCCUCUCGCCCACUCUUCCCUUCCGGUGCACGACGACGGCCUCGGGGCUAGCUGGGUGGCUUUGACCGAAGAUAGGAACGAAGGAAGCGGUGCGGAGGAGGAGGGAGAAAAUAAGGAGGGGGAGUCCGACAAAGCCGAGAGUGAAGAGGAAAAGUCGUCAGUGAGUGAGAAUGACAGCAAAAACGAAGAAAAGACAGAAUCGAAGGACUCGGAGACGGGAGACGAAGCGGCGGCGAGGUCUGAGGACAGAGACGAGCAGGACGGAGAGACAAACAAGCCAGGAAAACAGGCUCAGGCCGCUCCAGAGGAAGGCGAAAAUGCAUCGGCCUCAUCUGAGAAGUUGUCUUGUCCGCGUGCUUGUCUGAUCGCAAGCAAGUCAGGAGGGAAGACAGGAACAGACGGGCACGAAAAAACGAACGAGGUGAGAGCAGAUCAGAAAGGUGGUGAGGGAGCUUCUACCACGCAGCACGAAGAGGGGCAGGAAACGGAACAAGGCAGCGAAGAGGCGAAUUCCAGUUCAUCCUCUGCACCCGCACAAUCGCAUGAAACUCCUGUAGCCGAACAUGCGCCAUGCCCUCACGCAGAGGAACACAACGCCACGAACGGCAGCAACUCUGCAGAGGCCGCGAGCGAAGAUUCCAACCCCCAUGAAGCAGUGAAACAUACGGACGCGCAUGGGCAAACGCAAGCUUCAGACCAAGCUCAAGGACACGAUCAGGAAGAGGCCUCACAGUCUUCAGAAACACCUGCAGAAGAAAAUGCUGAAGAACCGAAACAGGCAGAGGAGCAGGCGAACGCCUCGCAGUCAUCCGAAACGCCUGCCGAAGAAAAUGCUGAAGAACCGAAACAGGCAGAGGAGCAGGCGAACGCCUCGCAGUCAUCCGAAACGCCUGCCGAAGAAAACGCUGAAGAACCGAAACAGGCAGAGGAGCAGGCGAACGCCUCGCAGUCAUCCGAAACGCCUGCCGAAGAAAAUGCUGAAGAACCGAAACAGGCAGAGGAGCAGGCGAACGCCUCGCAAUCAUCCGAAACACCUGCCGAAGAAAAUGCUGAAGAACCGAAACAGGCAGAGGAGCAGGCGAACGCCUCGCAGUCAUCCCAAACGCCUGCCGAAGAAAACGCUCAAGAACCGAAACAGGCAGAGGAGCAGGCGAACGCCUCGCAGUCAUCCGAAACGCCUGCCGAAGAAAAUGCUGAAGAACCGAAACAGGCAGAGGAGCAGGCGAACGCCUCGCAAUCAUCCGAAACGCCUGCCGAAGAAAAUGCUGAAGAACCGAAACAGGCAGAGGAGCAGGCGAACGCCUCGCAGUCAUCCGAAACGCCUGCCGAAGAAAACACUGAAGAACCGAAACAGGCAGAGGAGCGGGCGAACGCCUCGCAAUCAUCCGAAACGCCUGCGGAAGAAAAUGCUCAAGAACCGAAACAGGGAGAGGAGCAGGCGAACGCCUCGCAGUCAUCGGCAACGCCUGCCGAAGAAAACGCUGAAGAACCGAAACAGGCAGAGGAGCAGGCGAACGCCUCGCAGUCAUCCGAAACGCCUGCCGAAGAAAACGCUCAAGAACCGAAACAGGCAGAGGAGCGUGAGAACGCCUCGCAAUCAUCAGAAACGCCUGCCGAAGAAAACGCUCAAGAACCGAAACAGGCAGAGGAGCAGGCGAACGCCUCGCAAUCAUCCGAAACACCUGCCGAAGAAAAUGCUGAAGAACCGAAACAGGGAGAGGAGCAGGCAAACGCCUCGCAAUCAUCCGAAACGCCUGCGGAAGAAAAUGCUCAAGUACCGAAACAGGCAGAGGAGCAGGCGAACGCCUCGCAAUCAUCCGAAACACCUGCCGAAGAAAAUGCUGAAGAACCGAAACAGGGAGAGGAGCAGGCGAACGCCUCGCAGUCAUCCGAAACGCCUGCCGAAGAAAAUGCUGAAGAACCGAAACAGGCAGAGGAGCAGGCGAACGCCUCGCAAUCAUCCGAAACACCUGCCGAAGAAAAUGCUGAAGAACCGAAACAGGGAGAGGAGCAGGCGAACGCCUCGCAAUCAUCCGAAACGCCUGCAGGAGAAAAUGCUGAAGAACCGAAACAGACAGAGGAACCGGAAGAGGCCUCACAGUCUACGCAUUCACCGGCGGAAGAACAGUCCCCAGAACAGGCUCAGGGACAAGAGCGGGAGAACGCGUCACAGCCUUCAGAGUCACCUGCAGAAGAAUCCACUCCUGAGCAAGCUGAAGAAAAGGGUACGGAGGCAGCGGAAGAGCCGGCACAGGAGCAACCGGCGGAGACGCAGGAGGGUUCAGAUGCUGAAGCCGAUGCGGAAGGCGGAUCUGGAGCGAAUGGCGAAGCACAGCCACAGGAGGAGAGCGGCGAGAAUAAAGAUGUGCCUGCCGCGGACCAGGAGGCCCCUGGCCUAGAUGAACAGGGCCGCGACGAAGUUGGAACCGGCGCUCCAGAAGCCGCGGCUGCUUCAGCUGCCGGAGCUAGCCACGAGAACGAAGCCCAUGGGGCAGAUCAACAAGAUGAUUCUGUGGAGUCCGCAGGCCCCGCAGCUGACGAGCAGCAAAAAGACGCGACAGGCGAGGUCGGGGAGCUGCACGGGGCUGAGACUCAGACACCACAGCUUGCAGCUGAAGCGGAGACAGCUGGCGCGGAGCAGGAGGCGGGGAGAGCAGAUAGCGUCAGCGACGGAUGCUAUGUCACGAGGAGACAGGAGGUCGAGGCCGAGGCGAAGAAGCUGCUGGAAGUCUGUGAAAGGAACGAUAAUUUCACCAAAGUCGACCAACAAUUUUGUGAUGAACUGUUCAAGAGGAUCGAUGGCCCGUUCACAGUUGGCGAGGUCUCAGCGUUUCUCCGAGCUGCCGACACUGCAAACAACAUCAGUCGCAAUUUCCGGUUCUGUCGGGCAACUCCGACAAGCAGCCCACCGAGAGUGCGGGAUGGAGACAGCGUUAUUCACGCAGCGAUCGCUGCAUCCAAACCUCGCGUUGUCGAGAUUCUGCUUCAGUACGGAGCGUUCCCCAACAUCGAGGCCUUCCCGCGUUCUCCCGAUGCAGCUAAUAGAAUGGGCAUGCGACCUCUGCACUACGUUGCACGGUACCCAACGCUGGAAAAUUACGAAUCUCUUUUUCUUCUUUUGAAGUACGGCUCUCCCGUAAACGUUCGAGACGUCGGAGGGCGGACCCCUCUGAUGAUCGCCGCGCGUUCAAGUCACCCCUUCUCAAAGCUUUUUGCCAGAGCUCUGAUUGACCGCAAUGCAGAUGUCACUGCACGAGACAAAGCUGGGCUCUCCGCCCUACAUUACGCAGCGGCCUCGAACUCGUGCAAAUUGGUCAAGCUGCUCAUCAACCGAGGUGCAGACGUGAUGUCUCAGGAUAUUCGGGGAAACACUCCCCUCCACUACGCUGCAGCUUUCAACGCAGACAAGUCCAUGAACACUUUGCUCAAUUUGGCAGGGAAUGCGAUCAAGGUGAAUGUGCCGAAUAAGAAUGGAAAGGCGCCUAUUCAUUUGGCUGCCGCGCCAUCGUCGUUCGACGUCGUCCCAGCCAAGAUUGUUCCGGCUCUCUCGCUGGAAUUGCUUUUAGAGAAGCAUGCAGACCCUGUGGCGCGGGACGCCCACGGGAACACACCUCUCAUGGACGCGGUUUUGGGCGGGUACCUCGAAAUCGCGAAACGCCUUCUGCAGAUUGCCAGGGUUCCCCUACAUGACAAAAACAUGGAUGGCAAAACUGCUCUCGAUCUCGCUCAGGAAGCAGCAGAACGAACUGGCGACGACGUCCUCGCAUACCUCACGGCCGUUAGCAGCAAGCCCUCCUGCCCCUUCAUCCCGCGCGUCGCGAACUCGAUACACGUCUUGUCAGACACACAAUUCGGUUCGCUCAUGCGUGUGGGAGACACAGUCACCUACGAGUGCCACCACGGCUUCCGCUUGCUCGGGCAUGCUACCCUCACCUGUAUGAGUCGUGACGGCUCACCAGAGUUCAUCCCAGACCCUCCUGUGUGCAUUCCCAUGGAACAAGGCGCCGCUUCGUCUCUGUAUUCGGCUCCUCUUGGGCUGGCUACUGCCCUGUUAGUCUAUCUAAUUCCUUUUUUCCUAACUCAGUUCUAAAAUUCAUCGUGUUUCAUGUAGGUAAAAAUAUAUGUACGGGGCUCAUAUAAUUUCAUGUGCAUGCAAAAACCGAUGUGUGGAAAGACACAGAACCAAACCUUUUUUUUUGAAAAUUUGAUUUUAGAAGGAC